AUGUGGGCGCUAUUCGGUCUUCUUCUCGGAUUAUCCAACAGCAUUGCGACUAACGCUUCAGCUGCUGCACUGGGUCUAUCGGAGAUUAGCUGUCGCAUUGCCAAAACGGAAGCAGCUCAAAUCACCUACAUCUAUCGCUGCGUUAGUUGCCUUGCUUCUAACUCUGCUUCCUAUCUGGAGUUGGAGCAGGAUCUACACCUUUGCAUUGGGAGUCAGUUGCCCAGCUGCGUGCGCAGCUUGGAGGCUCAUGAGGUCGAACCAAUUCGUAAGCCGAGCAGCAUGAAUAUCUUCCUCAUUCCUGCUGGCGACGCGGGUCAGCCUCUGGUGCGGCGUAUCGUGGACAUGCUGAAUCCACGACAGCGACGCCGGCAUUUCCAUAAAUAUUUGUUCGUGUGGCCCGAAGCUAGCGAGGAACAGCUAAGGGAACUCUUCGAAGGCUGUUGGAGUAAGCAGUUGCUGUUUGCCCUGGCCAUUACCGGACCAGAUACUGUCUACGAUUUCCAUCCGUUUGCAGAAGAGGGCAAUCAGCUGACAAAGUUGAUGCCAAACACUGAUGUCUACUACGUUGAUAAGUUAACAAAUUUGAGAGGAUACGAACUCAGAUUUUCGAUGUUCCGUGAUCCACUGAGAGCACUACCUUUAGAACCAGUUGAGAGUAAGGGUUACGAUGCCAUUGAUGGGAGCGUUGCCCGUCUGAUAGCCAAAAGGCUGAAUGCCACAGCUCGGUAUAUUGCACCUAGUGAUAAUGAAGCUUAUGGACGUUGCCUUCCGAAUGGUAGUUUCACGGGUGUCGUCCAGGAUCUGAUGAAUGGUUCGACCCACAUUGGACUCAACAUGCGAUUCGUGCUAGAGUGCAUUUCGCCGCAUGUGGAGCAUUUAUAUCCAUACAGCCGAAUUAAUAUCUGCUUGGUGGUGCCUGCAGCGGGAAUACAGCCCGAGUACCUAAUUUUUGUGACUGCUUUUCAGAUAACUCUGUGGCGCCUGUUGCUGGCUAACUUUCUGAUUGCUCUUGUACUCCUUAUCGUAUUACACCAUUUUUUAAGGAAAAUCGUAGGAGAGACUGGUUGUUGCUGGUACGAUGCUUUGCAAUUGCUCUUCAAGACACAUUUGGGCCAACCCGUGGAUCGUUUCUCGGUAAUUAGUUCUCUGCGUGUGUUCCUCAUGGGAUGGAUUCUAUUCAGCUAUGUGUUGACGACAAUAUUCUUUGGUAAACUGGAGAGCAGUUUUGUUCAGCCAAGUUUUGAGGCGGAAGUGGAUACGUUAGAUCAGUUGACGCCACUUGGCUUGCGAGUACACGGAGUAAUUACGAUGUUUGAUGCUGUGAGCUUAUCGCUAUCGAAAGAACAUUUCAAACUGCUUACCAAAAGUCAUCGUGUACAUCCUCUUCAAGAUAGCGAUCACUUCUAUGAGCUGCCAGUCAGCCGUCGAAACAAGAAAGCAGCCUUCAUCCUGCGCUUAGAUAAAGCCAAAGAGUUCCUGGCAGUUACCUAUAACUCUGAGGUGGGACGUCCCUCCUAUCAUAUUGUCAAGCAGUAUCUGAGGUCCUUGCCGGCCACCUAUAUCCUGCCGAUGGGUUCACCAUUUCGCUAUAAGUUCCAGAGUAUGUUAAGUGCCUUCUAUGAGCAUGGGUUCUUCGAGUAUUGGUGGCGAAUGGAUGUUCUUCAAAGGCGUCGAACUUCAUCCCAAUCCGACGAGUUUUUCGAGGAGCUCGACGAGCAGACGGACCCGCAGGCGGAGGAUGCAGCAGCGGAUAUCGUGGAACGGCGUAAAAAGCGAGUGGUUCUCACUUUGGAUAUUUUACAAGGCGCAUUUUAUUUAUGGAUCAUUGGUAUUUCAUUGAGCAUUUUGGGUUUUUUAGUGGAACAGGGAUACUUCUACUGGCGGCGAGCUUGA